AUGGCCCUGCUGCUCCUGGGGCUCCUGGGGCUCUGGGUGCUGCUCCGCACUCUCACCCGGGCCCGGGCCCCCCGCCCGGCCCCCCGCUGGCCCCCCGGGCCGCGCCCGCUGCCCCUCAUCGGGAACCUGCAUCUGCUGCGGGUGUCCCAGCAGGAGCGCUCGCUGAUGGAGCUCGCAGAGCAGUAUGGGCCAGUGUUCACCGUCCACUUGGGAGGCCAGAAGACGGUGGUGCUGACCGGCUACAAGGCAGUGCGGGAGGCCCUGGUGGGCACGGGGCAGCGGCUGGCCGACCGGCCCCCCAUCCCCAUCUUCCAGCUCAUCCAGGGGGGCAGGGGCAUCUUUUUCUCCUCCGGGCCUCGCUGGAGAGCCGCCCGCCAGCACGCCGUGCGCACCCUCCACGGCCUGGGCGUGGGCCGGGCGCCCGUGGCCGACAAGGUCCUGCAGGAGCUGCGGUGCCUCGAGGGGCAGCUGGAUCAGUACGGAGGCCGGCCCUUCCCCCUGGCCCUGCUGGGCUGGGCGCCCUCCAACAUCACCUUCACGCUGCUCUUCGGCCGGCGGUUCGACUACCAGGACCCCCUGUUCCAGUCCCUGCUGGGCCUCAUCGAUGACGUCAUGGUCCUGCUGGGGACGCCCGGCCUGCAGCUGUUCAACCUGUACCCCCGGCUGGGGGCGCUGCUGCGGCUGCACCGGCCGGUGCUGAGGAAGAUUGAGGAGGUGCGGGCCGUCCUGAGGGCCCUCCUGGCAGCGCGGCCCCCACCCGGGGGAGGCCCCGUGCACAGCUACGCCGACGCCCUGAGGCAGCAAGGCCAGGGCAGAGACCCCGACGGCUUGUUCUCGGAGGCGAACGUGGUGGCCUGUGUCCUGGACAUGGUCAUGGCCGGCACCGAGACCACCUCGGCCACGCUGCAGUGGGCGGCCCUCCUGAUGGGCAGGCACCCCGGCGUGCAGGACCGGGUGCAGGAGGAGCUGGACCGGGUGCUGGGGCCCGGGCAGCUGCCCCGGCCUGAGGACCAGCGGGCACUGCCCUACACCAACGCCGUGCUGCAUGAGGUGCAGCGGUUCAUCACGCUCCUGCCCCACGUGCCCCGCUGCACAGCGGGCAGCACCCGGCUGGGCGGCUACCUGCUCCCCGAGGGCACCCCGGUGCUCCCGCUGCUGAGCUCCGUGCUCCUGGACAAGACGCAGUGGGAGACGCCCGGCCAGUUCAACCCCGGGCACUUCCUGGACGCCGACGGGCACUUUGUCCAGCGGGAGGCCUUCCUGCCCUUCUCGGCGGGCCGCCGCGUCUGCCUGGGAGAGCGCCUGGCGCGGACAGAGCUGUUCCUGCUCUUCGCCGGCCUCCUCCAGAGCUUCCGCCUGCAGCCCCCGCCCGGCCUCGGGCCCGCCGGCCUGCGCACCGUGCCCGCGCCCGCCUUCACCAUGCGGCCGCCGGCCCAGGUCCUGUGUGCGGUGCCCAGGCCCCGGGGGCGCUGA